GCAGCGGGCCGCACCGCCUGUCUGCUGGGUGAGGAGCCGAUGUGACGGCCCCGCGGCCUGGCGAGAUCAACGAUUCUGGUUUAUCAACAAUGACCCACAGCAGUUAACACUUAACGAUGAGUAACGGUCAAGUUUGUGAACCCGAGUUACUUGGACUAGUAAGAGAGUAUUUGGAUUUUGCUGAAUUUGAAGAAACAGUGAAAGUAUUUACAAAUGAAUGUCAAAUAAAAGGGAAGACACUACCUAAACCAGCUGGUGUUUCCUCAAGAGAUUCAAAAGCUUUGGCUGUUCAGAAAGAUCUGCUUACAGCAUUUGAAAAUGGUGAACAGAAAGUUUUCUUCCAGCUCUGGGAGGAGCAUAUUUCAUCUUCAGUCCUGGACGAUGAACCGGAUGCUCAGAAGCUGGAGUUUUAUCUUCACAUACACUUUGCCACCUACCUCUUGAAACACAAUAUUGGAAAGCCUGACAAAGCUGAACUUGAGGAAAGGAUUUCUCAUUUUAAGGGAUACCUGGAAACAAAAGGAGCUGCACUGAGCCAGACUACAGAGUUUCUUCCCUUCUAUGCUUUGCCUUUUGUUCCAAACCCCAUGGUACAUCCUUCAUUUAAAGAACUUUUCCAGGAUUCUUGGACAUCGGAUUUAAGGACGAGACUGGAAAAGUUCCUGUCUCUGAUCCUCAAAGACACUCCUCGGCUACUCACUUUAUUUAAAGAGAAUGGACAGUGCAGCAAAGAAAGGCUGCAGCAUCUUCAACAACAGUUAGUGGAAUCUGAGGGCAGAGCCAUGACCUACCUGAAACAAUUUAACAAAAUGCAGGUGGACUACCGUAACCUUAUUGGAGUCACUGCAGAGCUGGUGGAUUCCUUAGAGGCCACAGUCAAUGGCAAGAUGAUCACACCAGGGUACCUUCAAAGUGUUUGUGUUCGCUUGUGUAACAAUCAGAUGAGACAAAAGGUAGCACAUAGUAUCGACUUCACAAGGCCUGGAACUGGAUAUUACUCUAUGAGCCCUUGUGAUGACGGAUAUGCUUCCACUAUGUUAAGAGCAUCUAUAGCCCCUGUGAAGAUGCAGGAUGUGCCUUUGUUGCCCUCUUUGGAUUAUGAGAAGGUGAAGAAAGAUUUGAUUACAGGGAAUGAUCGUCUCAAGGCCUUCUUACUGCAGGCUCUGCGCUGGCGCUUGACAAAAUCAUAUCCUGGAGAACAGAGGGAUACUGUCUUGCAAGCCUACAUCAGUAAUGACCUCCUAGAUUGCCACAGCAACUGUCAGAGAAGUGUCCUCAAAUUAUUACAUUCUACAAGUGUGGUAGUCAGGCAGUAUAUGGCAAGGCUCAUCAAUGCUUUUGCUUCACUGUCAGAAGGUCGUGUCUACCUUUCUCAGAACCCAACAUUGCUGCAAAUGCUGGAGGAGAGACUGAAAGCUGAAGACAAGGACUCCCUUACAUGGGAGAAUGUUCUUGGGGCUCUGCAGAAAUUCAGCCUCAGGCGUGCACUGCAGUCAGCAAUGAUCAAAGAUGGGCUCAUUUUCUGGCUGGUUGAUGUUCUCACGGAUACAGAUUGCCUGUCUGAUUACACCCUGGCGUAUUCUGUUGCCUUGCUCAUGAAUCUUUGUCUGCGGAGUGCAGGAAAGAAUAUGUGUGCAGAGAUUGCAAACCAUGUGCUCAGAGUUCUCUCUGAUCUUCUUGGCCACGAGAAUCAUGAGAUACAACCAUAUGUGAAUGGAGCACUCUACAGCAUUCUUGCCAUCCCUUCUGUCCGAGAAGAAGCCAGAGCAAUGGGAAUGGAAGAAAUUCUGCGCUGCUUUGUCAAGGAAGGAAAUGCAGAGAUGAUCCGACAGACUGAAUAUAUAAUCAGGCAGCUCAAUUCAGAAGAGCCAUUAAAUGAUGGUAUUGUGUCUGAUGAUGAAGAGGAAGAGAACAAUAAGGAACAGGAGGACCAUGACAUCAUGGAGGCUGAUCUGGACAAAGAUGAGGUUUUGCAGCCUCAACUGGGAGAACUUACAGGAGAGAAGCUGCUAACAACUGAGUACUUGGGAAUAAUGACUCAUACUCCAAAAACCAAGAAGAAGGUGUUUCCUGGUGUCCAUCAAAGUAUAGAUGAACCUCUCCAGAGACCUGUGACGCCUGGUUAUCAUAGAACUGUGUACCCACUGCCAGAAAAUUAUACCAAUUCUUAUCAUGAUAGGGAUGAGAAGCUGCAAUCCCUGCCAAGUGAUCGUUCUUCCACUUGUGGGAGCACCUCCAGCAUUUCUGACCUCUGCAUUUCCCCUUCAUCAGUUGAAAUUAAGUCAUCUAGAGAAUUCUCUUCAGGCCAUACAGUGGACCGAAGCACCUCAGCUAGUGACAAUAUCUUGUCUUCCCAAUCUACUGACUUCACCCAGGAUGAAGUAAAUGGGCAAUCACACAGUGAGUUUCCCUCAGCCUUCACCAGCAAACCUAAGAUCCCUCGCACUCCCGAAGUGCAGAGUGCCAGCCCUAGAAAGGGAAAGGUCCCAGCCAUUGCUCCCCAGUUCUCUCAGUCUGGACCCCAAUGCACAAGCCGUCCCAGCUCCUCAGGAUCAUCCACAAAGAGCAGACAGAGCAGCCAGUCCUACAGGAAGUGAGAACAGUUCCUUUCCUCAAGAAUCACCUGUCACAUUGUUGAAGGACAGAGCCAACUUCCUGUAAUGAGCUUUACUGGCGACCUACUGAGAAGAGGGUUAGGUUAUUGACAUUGCAUGGCGUAUGCCUUGCACAGUGAUUCAGGGAUUAUCUGAUGGGAUGCAUCUGUUGUCAUCUCUAAACCUGGCUAAGACACGGUAUUACAAUUCAAGGCCUUGGCAGCAGCCUAGGACUGAUAUGGAAGAUGCAUGUAGUCCUAGUAUCUCCAAUAGUUUACUCUAAAGUGACAUUGCCACCUUGAGAAGAAACUCUUGCUCUCUGCCUUCUGUGUCAGAGUAAAUGGCCUUUGGAGACAGGAUGUAAUGCUCAGCAGAGGAGACUGACCAAGCAGCUGUCUUUUUUACAUACUGCUCACUGAAUUUAUUAUGCCUUUGUGAAUUAGUUGGGAGAUACCUGUGUUCAAAGGAUCUGAACUAGGAGUGAAAAUGUACGCCAUGUGUGCAGAGCCUCACUGCCUGGAGCAGUCUUGUGUGGAGCGAGUUCUGUAUUUGGCUACCAGAUACUGGAGAGAAAGUAUUUCAUCAACUUCUGAUUGACCUGUGGCAGUUGAAAAAAACUGUGCCAGUGCCCAAGGCCGCACCCAUGCACACCACCAUGAUCAGCAGCAAUCACUCCUACUAUUUCUUCCGUUUUUUUUCUUAAUUCUACUGUUAAACUUUUGUGGAAUGAAUAAUCCUUUUUUUUUUUUUUUUUAACACUGAAAUGAAGAACUUUGUUUCUUCAUUCAAAGAAACCGUGAGAAUGUGAACACAUCAGAAGUAACCUUCUCUUUACACAUGGCUAUGGACAAUCUUCUUUGGUCUUUGUUGCCUUUUUUAUGUUCUUCACUUCUGAGUGAUAACUGGUUAUGACUUCAUGGAAUUUGUGCUAGUCUUCAGAAUCUUGCUGGAUAGGCAAGAGAGAUCAGAAAGCCCUCCACUAAAUAAAAAAAGAGAGCAGUUAGUUCCACCAGUGAAUUACAAAGCUAGUGCUGUUUGUUAUUCUUUCUCUUCAAAAAUAACAGUGAUCAGGAAACACUAAAUUCUUCACUGGGGGUUGGCUUUUCAGUAACAUCCCCUCAUGUGACACAGCUGUUAGGACAACAGCAACAGCUUUCCAGAACUGUGGUUUGCCUUGGAGCUUGGCUGCUGGUGAGGCAGAUAUGCACGUGACACAGGCAGUGUAUUUGCCAUAGGCAGACUUCAAAAACAAAUGCUUUAACACACAAAAAGAGAGAAGGUAAGGCUUUUGUUUUGGAGUUUCACCUUGAGAAACAAACAGGUGGACACAGCCUGAAAGGUCUAGCAACUCUGGUAGUGAUGCUACCUUCCCCUAGGGUAAAGAUAAUGUAAAACCACCAACCGUUUCCAUAGCGCCAGAAGAAAGCUUUAUGCUUCUGAUGAGACCUUGCAUUGUGCCUCUUGGUGUGUGGUGGCAACUGAAGAGCCAAGGCCAUUUCCUUGUGUGAUGUGGUUGCCAUGAGACCCACCAAGGUCACUGAGGCUGUGUCAGAUGUUUGUAGAAAGGGCUUCCAUGUGCAAGUUCAGGUAACCCCUUUGGAUAAUAGACUUUAAACUGAAACAGGAUAUUCUGUAGGAGAAGACACCUCCCAGUUUAAAAUCUAGUCUUAUUCAUGUGGUGGGGACGAUUUACUGCUCAGUAACUUCAGGGUCCUAAAACAAAGCAGGCAAUGCUGCUUUAACUCCUAAACUACAUAGGACAUAAAGUGAUUGUAGACACUUGAUAGCCCCCACUGCAUGGAUCUCCAUGCAUGACAAAGAAAUCACAGAAAAUCUCUGACCUGUGCUUCAAUUCAUCCACUUCCUCUCAGAAUUGAUAAACACAAUAAUGGGAAAAUGGUUCACAAAAGGGCAGUAGUGGAAAGCAGCCAUUAAAACUCACCUGGUAGUUUUCCAGUGUAGGCAGCUUUUCUCUUUCCUUUGAAAUGCUGUCUUUUUUCUAACAUUGUAAUAGCAGUGGUCAGGUUGUUAACACUGAUGUGCUAAGCACAUUCAUUUGCAUACACAGAUAACACAUAAUGCUCCAGUAGUUGAGUUUUAUUUAUUUUAGAGCAAUGCUGAAUUUCAUGUUGGAGCAAAUGUGGUUCUCUGAGAUGCAGAGCAGCAGCUCUUGAAAAGUGUUGAUUGCAGACUAAUUUUCUUUAUUUGGAAGGACACAACACCGAACCUCACUGGCUUUACCGUUAGUUGAGAUCUAAAUCACAUCAUUCCUUCUGAGUCAGCUGAAGGUGGUUGGUCGGUAUGGCUACAACUGUUCCAGCAGAUACAGGUUCAUGAAAAACAAAAUGCAUCUUGUAGAACUGGACUGAAAGGAGCAAGCUGAAGUUUACGUAUUUGUGUGUUUGUUUCUUACUCAGACCUAUUGCAACGCAGAACUUUAUAUGUACAUUUUUCCAUAUUCUAAUCCUCGAUGUUUUGGAGUGUGAGUAUAGAGUUUGAAGCAGUAAUGCUUGAGAAACUUUGUUUUCCAAAUGCAGAGAAGAACUAUGGAUAUGCUUAGAAAUAAAUUCUCAGCUGAGCAGUAAUUUGAGAGGCCAGCUAAGUAAUGUGUCCUCCUUUUCUCUGUCUUGUUCACAAAAAGCCCCUGUGAUGCCAGCUGGAAGGUUUUGAAGCUAAUGAAAAAUGUUGAUUCUGCUUUUGUUAGUAGGACUCCAGUAUUCGGGGUUGAAAGGUCCCCAGAUGGAGGUCAGUAACAUAUACAUAGCAAAUUCUGCACCUCACUCCUAGAAGGUGUUAGGUUUUUUUUGUGUAUGCCAUGUAGAGGCUGCUGCUAGAUGCACCACCACCAUGAUAAAUUCAUAAUAGGAGCAGUGGAAAUUGCCUGCCCGAAUGAGAGGGGAGUGAUUGUGCUUAGAGUGGCUGUGAUUUUGUUUACAAUGAGCAAAUAUGGUUAUUGCAUAUGACACAGAUCAGCCAGGGAAGUUUUUCUGAGACCAAAGAUCUGUGUGGUGCUGGUGUGCCUUUUGGAUAUAACUUCUCUAUAUUCAGUGUAAUUUUGUUUAUACAGUGUCGUAUGAGAUACAAAAUGCACAAAUCAAUUUAAUUUUGCAUAGAGGGCUCAUUCUGUACAAGUGCUUUAAAAUUAUCUGGCAAUGACUGAGUGUAAAUGCUUCUAAAGGGAUUUUCUUUUUCUUCUUUUUGAUAGGUUAGUUUGGGGUUUCAUGAACUUUUAGGGUGUGCAUUUGUUUAUAUUUCAGUCUGAUUUAUUGUUAAUAAAUUCUGUCCCCAA